AUGACAUCCUCAACAGACCCCACCGCCCUCCUCACCGACCUCUUCGACACCCUGAGGGACUCCUUCCUCGAAUUCCUGCACGACUUUCAAGAUUACGUCGCCACGCCCAAAGUGCGCCAUUGGCUCCGUAUAAUCGUUAUUGUCGCGGGAUACAUUAUGCUCCGACCCGCGAUUGAGUUGUUCUUCAAAUGGCUGUUCGAGCGCAAGAAUAGCAAAGAAGAAGAAGAACAGAAGAGGAAAAAGGAGGAAGAGGAUAAGAAAUUGGAGGAGGAAGGACUCAAGAAGCCGAAGAAGGAUGGAAAUAGUUUGAGGGUUGGCACCAAAACCGAGGAGAGCAAGACAGAAGAGAAGAAGAGCGAGAAGGUGCAGGAAAGUAAGGGUGGCAAGAAGACCACCGCCAACGAGAAUACUAGUAAGAAGAACAACAAGACCAAAUCCGAUGAGUACGAGAACAGCGACCAGGAAGAUUACGCCGAGAAAAUAAGAGCAAGCGGUGUGUUGGAAUGGGGUCGUGAUGCGCGCAAGAGGAAGCAGCGACAGCAAGUCGAGGCGGAACAGCAACAACAGCAGAAGAAGAUAGAUGAGGAGAAAUUGUUGGAGUUGUUGGAUUGGAGUGAUGAGGAGGGGAAGCAAUAA